AUGGCCUGCUAUGGAACUGCAACGCGAAUGAGCUCAAUGUUGUGUAUAGCGGUGAUGGUCUCGUUAGGACAUUGGGCAGCAAAAGACCCAGGGCACUCUUUCCACAGUCGAUCAGUCUGCUGGCAAGCUCCUGCAUCACACACUAGAAAUGAGCUGAUCAUUUUCGAGGAUACCACUGCAGGGGACCACAAAUUUGACGCCUUUGCGCAAAUGUCAUGCCAAAUUACAACUGCGCAGCUCGACUUUGCGACGCUCAAGCGUGAGGAUAGAAUGCAAUUUUCUUCCGAACAGUAUGGGCCAGGGGGUGACGCAGGUGGAUUUGUGGCCCGUGGCGGGGAAGAUGCCUCGAGAGAGAUUGACUGGGAGCUUGAAGUUUGCGUUAGACGGUUCACCUCCGCCAUUACUACCUCCCUGGUGUUGGUGGCCGCAGCCUCAAAAGCAGUGCUGUCUGCUACCCAGACAUCCGCUUGGCGCAUCUUGCCGAAUGACGCCAUCCAACUUGGUUAUACAACGCUUGCGCAUUGCAAGAGACGCACUCUGGGUGUGAUUCGUUUGGACAUCGAGGGUGUUCCACAGGGCGUGUCAGUCGUAGAGACCGAUGCUAUAGGCGGCGGCACGGUUCGUAGCAUGAUGAACGAGGGUUCAGGCUAUGACCCUAGUGAGACGAGCUCUUCAGCCGGCGGACCUGGCGAACAUUACUGCGUGGCAACUUCGGCAUUUGAUAUUCUUGUCUCUGCAAAUGAGACUGGUACUAUGCCCUAG